AUGGAACCUCGAUAUAAUCUCACAAUCAAUCUAGACGAGAAGUGGGGCAAGCAGUGGUCUGCCGUCCCGGACAUGAUGCUCUACCUCGCCAUGGACGUCUCAAGCAGCGGCAAAGAUUCAUACCACAACCUCAUCGCAUACGUCAGUGAUAUCGCAGCCAGCACCCAAAUCUCUUGGACUGAUAAUUACGCCAUGGCUGGCGUCACCACUCAUGACACUGGCUCGUUCAAAUUCGGCGACAAGAUAAACGUCGACGAAGUAUCUUUCAUCACACCCUCACCCAACAAGGAUGCUCCUACAGAUGGCUUCCUUUUCAUCAACAAGAUCGAGUGCUCUGCUGUUCUGUACCGGGAGAUCAAUGGCGAAUUGGAACAAAUCUACACUAGCCACGGCGGGGACAUGCCACCAGGCUCCUCUGAGAUGAUCAUUCCUCAGAAGAAGGUGUAUGUUUGGUUUUCUGAUGAUAUCACGUCUACUACUGUGGAUGGGAGGAUGGCACAAGCGGAGGUUCUCGAGUUUGAUUUUGAUGGCCAUGUUCGAAUGGCCCAACACACCACUGAGACCAUGCAAGGCGAAGGCGAGGAAUCUACAGCCAGUAAGACUACGAAUAGUAAGACUCGACAUCGACGCGCUCACACGCGUAGCCGAUUGGGGUGUUCGGAAUGUCGCAACCGCAGAGUGAAAUGUGACGAGCAACGGCCCCAGUGCAAGCGAACAUGCGAGUACCCCCCUGUGAAGAUCCCUCUGAGGGAGCGAAGGGCGCUAGAGAGGGCAGCGGGAGAUGUUCAACCCUGGCAGGCCACGGUCACUUGGGAGAACACCCCUCGAGGAAAUUCUAAAUGUGCAAAACAACCAGAAUUACCGAACUCAAAGUCUUUGCUGGGACAAUUGGUCCUUUCGAGUUCAGCGGUUAAUGUUGGUUGUUCGUCAAUUAACAUGCCGCUGAGAUCGCAGGAGUUGUUUCACUACUUUUGUGGAAAUGCUUCAGCGUUUAGUGCUUUACCGAAAGACCACAGAAACAACUUUCUUGCCUACACAAUCUCAAACCCCGAGGCGCUUAGAAGUGCAGUACUAAUGGCGGGAAUACAUUUCGCUUUCAACAUUGGCCAUCUAGACAAAUUUGAACCGACAUUUCUGUAUCACAAGAUUGAGACUGUACAGCAAGUAAGGAAGUUGAUAUCUAGGGGAGACCUCAAGCUACUUGCUGGGAUCACCAAGCAGAUCUCUACUCUGGCUUAUGCAGAGAAUGACCAGUGCAAAACUCUCGAUCAAGAGCUUUCAGAUCGGUAUUUUCUUCUAACAUCGACUUUUGUCAACGGUUUAGAAAGUCUCAUCAAAGGCGUUGCUUGCAAACAAGGUCUAGGAGGCAGCGUGACCACCAUGGAGUUGAGCGAGACAAUGAACUUCCUCCACAAUUUCCACUUGACCUCUGGCCAAUUCUCGCAUAAGAACACAGUCAAGGCCGUUCGGCUAAUUCCAGCCUUCUUUGAUGCCCCUCAUGACGGCGCACAGUUACUCGACAUUGACUACAGGCCUAUACUUGAGUGUCUCCAGGGAUUAGACGAGAAUCCUGGCCCGAACGAACAAUAUGACUUUUGGCUGUACGGUCGGGCCUCGACAUUUUGGACCAAUAUCAUCAACGCACAUUUGAACUCUAUCUACUACGAGGGCAAUAGUAGUGAGUCCAACGCUACUACGCCCGAAGACUCGAGGUACAUGACGCCCUGGUGUGCUUUGCUGGCGGCAGUAAAGUUUUAUGUCGAACAGGUUGUUAUUAUAUGGCGACCCUUGAGAAGGGAGAUAUUCCUCCACGCUUUACGUAUACUGCAGCGUGAUAUUGCGGUUGCUAUGCAAAAGCCUGUGUCACUUCAACUACCAGAGAUGAUAUUAUGGGAGUCGUUUCUUGGGUUGGUGAGUAUCCGUGGGCAUGAGAAGUUCGGGGAUAUGGACCAGGAACCUGGUCUGAGGCCCUUCUUCGAAGAGAUUGAAUACGUUACAUGGAGGGUCAUUGACGGUCUCUGA